AUGGAGGCCUUACAGCAGGUCAUGUUAGGUGCAAGUAGCGGAGAGCACUCUACGGAGCCAGACGGAACUUGGCAUCAUCCUCUCUUGGUGCCAGCUUACGUCGCGACCGUAUCUGCUGUCAUUCUACUGCUACAAGUUUCACUAUCUUCUCCACUUGUGAGGAAAUAUGCUCGACGACACACCCUCCCCGUGGCGCUCGAUGAGACUCCGGAGAUCUUGAGUGCUCCCCUCGAGCCUACAGCAGCUUCAGUGAACCGUCACAUCGCUGAGCUAGGAGGGUCCGCAAUAUUCUGGAUGAACGUCACCAGAGCCCUGGCAGUCUUCGUUCUAUGGGUAAUAUCAAUUGCAAGCUUUUCUGUCGAAGGCCCUAAACUUGCUCUCUCCGUGACCUACUCCUAUGCUUCGGUGUUGGCCCUUCUUGCUGCAUCGAGCCGGGAGAAAUGGAACCGCGCGAUUACGCCUCAUCUGAAUAUAGUUCUGCUGACUUCAUUUUCCGUUAUGGCUUACCGUGAUCUGUGGCCCUUGAUGACCUUCACUAUGGAACCAGCGGACCCGUCUCAAGGAGCCGUUCUGAACCUCUCGUUACUUGUUUUCGCCGCCGUCAUUGUACCCCUCACGAUACCACGGCGAUAUAUACCCUUAGAUCCUAAGAAUCCAUCAACACCUAACCCAGAGCAAACCGCCUCUCUUCUGUCAUUCGCGAUAUAUACCUUCCUCGACCCCAUCAUUAUAAAGGCAAACAAAGUCGCGCAUCUUCCUUUCGAGGAACUUCCUCCUCUCGCUGAUUACGAUCAUGCUGAAUACCUCGCUAAGAGAAGUUUUCCGCAUCUCGAUACGUUUUCGGGAAGUCCAAAGCGGCAUCCGUUCUGGGGAAUCCUGAUAACAUAUCGUCGGGAAUAUGCCACCAUGACGGUCGCAAUUAUCGUCAAGGUCUUCUGUAACUUCUUGAGCCCUAUCGGCCUCAACGGACUGUUAAGGUAUUUGGAGACAGAAGGCGAGGGGGCCGUCAUCCGUCCUUGGGUAUGGAUCUUAGCACUUUUCUUGGCGCCGUUUGUCGGAGCUAUUGCACUGCAGUGGUAUGUCUUCCUGUCGACAUGCAACCUUGUUCGAAUCGAAGCCAUACUAUCUCAACUGGUCUUCGAGCAUGCGCUACGGAUUCGGCUCAAAGCUGAGAUCGAGGACGAUGCUUCGGCGACAAAUGUUGGUGUGUCUCCUGUUCCAAAACCGGCCACGUCUGCAAAUCAGUCAACGGACAGAACGACUUCACUACCUGUUGAGCCACUUUCAAAGUCUGACAGACGCAAGAACAAGGUCGAUGCCAGCAAGGGGUCGAAGGGUAGUAAUCUGAUUGGAAAGAUCAAUAAUCUCGCUUCAGCAGAUUUGGGUAACAUCGCGAAGGGUGGCGACUUCCUUCUACCUUCGGUCGAAGCACCGUUGAUAGUUAUUGGCAGCGUGAUAUUUUUGUACCAGAUCUUAGGGUGGAGUGCCUUUGUUGGGAUAGCCGCAAUGCUGCUUGCGUUCCCUAUUCCGGGAUAUGCCACAAAACUCAUUCAAGGGGCUCAAGUUGAAGCUAUGAAGAAAAGUGACGCGCGUGUACAAACAGUGACAGAGAGCCUCAACGUCUUGCGAAUGAUCAAACUCUUUGGCUGGGAGCAGAAAAUCAACCAAGGAAUUGCCGAGAAACGGGAGAAUGAACUCUUUUGGAUCCGACGGCGUCAAUUGCUCAGUUUGAUAAUUGGCAAUCUUAACUUCAUCAUACCCGCUACAACAAUGAUAAUAACAUAUGCUACCUACACUGUCAUCAUGAAACAAGACCUGACUGCAUCGACCGUCUUCUCCUCCAUGGCCGUAUUUGAGAUUCUGCGAGACCGUGUUCAGAGCGUUUUCUUCUUCCUACCCACCUUCAUCCAAGGUAUGGUCAGGGUUGUGCAAUCGGUUCAAUAUACUGAAUUAUUAGAUAUGUUCGCCGAGGAUGCUCAGGGAAAACGUGAUCACGAAAGCACGCCAUCCGGACGAGAAGACAUCGGAUUCCGUGAUGCGACCUUCAGCUGGUCAAACGAACUCACUUAUCAGGACGAUUCGCCUCAUUGGGCAAGGACUUUCAAGUUAUGUAUCAAAGACGAGCUCAUAUUCAAACGAGGAAGCGUCAACCUUGUCGUCGGCCCAACGGGUUCUGGAAAGACUUCGCUUUUGAUGGCACUGUUAGGCGAGAUGCACUUCAUCCCUUCCGGUCCCAAUUCAUGGUUCAAUCUACCUCGAGUUGGAGGUGUAGCGUAUGCUGCCCAGGAGUCAUGGGUGCAAAGCGAUACAAUCAGGAAUAAUAUUCUAUUCGGCGCGCCGUACAAUGAGGGCAGAUACCAUCAAGUCAUCUAUCAGUGUGGACUCGGACGUGACCUCGACCUCUUUGAGGCUGGCGAUAUGACCGAAGUCGGCGAGAAAGGGCUUACGCUAAGUUCAGCUCGAGUCACCCUGGCUCGAGCAGUUUACUCGGAUGCAGAGAUAGUCUUAUUGGACGAUAUUUUGGCGGCUUUGGAUAUGCAUACCGCCCGCUGGAUUAUCAACAAGUGCUUCAGGAGCCCAGGACUUCUCAGCGGCCGGACUGUUGUCCUAGUAACGCACAGUAUCUCGAUGGCUCGUCCCAUUGCCGAUUAUGUCGUCUCAUUUGACCUCGAAGGUCGAUUGACACACGGAGUCGUGCAAGAUAUAUUAUCACAUGUCCAAUCUUUCGCUGGGGCGUUACUCGAAGAUACCGCGGAAGACAUUGGAGCUGGUGUGGAACUUGAUGCGAUGGUCCUUGAUAGACCUGCGAUGAGUACCUCUAAGGGAAAACUCGUCCUGAAGGAAGAAGUGGCAGAAGGUCGUGUAACGUGGUCUGCUCUGAAACUGUUCUUUACAACAUUCGGUGGCACGCACAGCAUUCUAGCAUGGUCGUUUUUCCUAGCCACCAUGGUGCUCACUCAGGGCCUCGCUACCAUUCAAACUUGGCUUCUGGGACGCUGGGCCGACGAGAAGAGCUCGUCCUCGCAAACAAACAUAUCCUUUUAUCUGGCAGUUUAUAUUGCUCUUCUUAUGACUUCGAUACUUGCAUACUCCGGGGGUAACACAACAUUCGUCCUUGGCUCUCUCAGCGCAUCGAAAUCCAUUCAUGGGCAACUAAUUCGCUCCAUUCUUGGUACGACUCUGAGGUGGCUAGAUAAGACGCCGACAUCGCGAGUCAUUACGCGCUGCACACAGGAUAUCCGCACCAUCGACGGACCGAUGGUAGCCACGCUGAAGAGACUGUUGGAACUCACCAUACAAAUACUGAUCAAGCUCACGGCAAUCGUCAUCUUCACCCCAGCUUUCAUCCUUCCCGGACUGCUCGUGUUCAUUGUCGGGGGAUGGUGCGGGCAAAUAUACAUGAAAGCUCAAUUGUCCGUUAAGCGCGAGACAAGCAACGCGAAAGCUCCCGUCGUUGCUCACUUCAAUGCUGCUAUCUCAGGCUUGGUCUCUGUUAGAGCAUACGGCGCUCAACUUCUUUUCAAACAAGAGUCGUACAAACGUAUUGACCAUUACACGAGGGCAGCUCGGACGUUCUUCAACCUGAAUAGAUGGAUCAAUAUCCGAAUGGAUGCCUUAGGUGGCAUGUUUGCGGCAGGGCUAGGCGCGUGGAUUGUUUAUGGCCCCACUCGCAACACGGCACAUGCGUCGGACACUGGCUUCUCCUUGACCAUGGCAGUUGGGUUUAGUGGUAUGAUUCUAUGGUGGGUACGCAAUUUUAACGAUUUCGAAGUUAGCGGUAUUCUAGAACGCAUACAAUCAUAUAUCGACAUAGAGCAAGAGCCCAAAUCGACCGCAGAAGGCAUCCCUCCAGCCUAUUGGCCGUCGAGUGGUGAUAUCAGAGUUGAUAAUCUCUCGGCCAGGUAUUCUCAGGAUGGACCUCCGAUUCUCCACAACAUUUCAUUCCACAUCAAGUCUGGUGAGCAUGUGGGCAUCGUCGGGCGCACAGGAAGCGGGAAGAGCUCUUUGACUCUGGCUCUUCUUCGUUGUAUAAUCACCGAAGGAACGGUAUAUCUUGACGGCAUCCCUACAGCUUCUAUAAACCUAGACGCACUCCGAACAAAGAUCAGUAUUAUUCCUCAACAGCCCGAGUUACUUAGUGGCACCCUGCGAUCCAACCUCGAUCCUUUUGGAGAACAUGAUGAUGCUACAUUGAACGCAGCACUACGUUCAUCUGGCUUAUUUGACCUGCAGUCGGACGCUGAUGCAGGCCGCAUCAAUCUCGACACAAAAAUCUCCGGCGGCGGAGCUAACAUCUCUGUGGGACAGAGGCAGAUCAUGGCCCUGGCCCGCGCCAUUGUCAGAGGAAGCAAACUACUCAUUCUAGACGAAGAAAAUUCUCAAGCAAGUCUAGAUCACAGAACGGAUUCAGUCAUCCAGCGUUCUCUCCGAACUGAGCUGAAGGAUGAUGUGACGGUAAUUACGGUAGCCCAUAGGCUACAAACUAUCAUGGAUGCGGACAAGAUCAUGGUGCUUGAAGCUGGACGUAUGGUCGAGUUCGAUAAGCCAAGUGAAUUGCUGAAGCGGAAAGAGGGAUGGUUACGCGCACUCGUGGAUGAAAGCGGCGAAAGCCAGGUAUUGCACGCUAUGGCCGGUGGCGAUGUCAAUUGUGGAUAA